ACAGGAAAAGGGAGACGGAAAUGGAGGACGAGCCUGUAAAUAAAUACAUGGAGAGCAGAUAAUAAUGAGAUAAUUCUAGGAAUUACGCAAAAAUCUCUCUCCAUUCAUUCUCUCUAAAUGAUUGUAGAUGUUUCUUCGCAGCUUUUUUUGAAGAGAAGGAGACUCACCAGCAUUGAUCCCAUGGAGGCGGAAUCGGCUAAGCCCAAGCUUGCUGCUAUGAAAGAGAAUUUUGGACGAGAAAUUCGUGUCUUUGAAACUACAGGACUUUCUCAGACAUCAGAUGUAGCAUCCAGUUCCACUACUGCAGAGGAGCCGGAUGAAUUUUAUGAGUUCACUGCAGAAGACUAUUAUCGACUUUUGUCAACUAAAAAGGAAGAUAAGUUUUUGAAGACAAGAAAAAUCCGAGAAGCAGAAGAAGCAGCUCGCAGGUCAAGAAUCACUAAGGCUAUUAUUAGGGUUCGCUUUCCUGAUAAUCACACAUUGGAGGUCACAUUUCAACCAUCAGAGACCAUUAAGAGCUUGGUUGACCUUCUCAUGAAAGUAGUCGCUCAACCAGAUUUACCUUUUUACCUAUACACUACUCCUCCUAAGAAACAAAUAAAAGAUAUGUCAGAGGAUUUUUACUCUGCUGGUUUUGUUCCCGGUGCAAUUGUGUAUUUUUCAUAUGAUCUGCCAAAAGGUAAUGGUUCUACUGCAGCUGCCAAUUCAGGACCUUUCCUUAAAGAAGAGGUGAUGUGCUUGAAAGGUUUAGAAGUCAUGGAUGAGCAGAUAGAGCAUGCUGAGUCUGCACCAGAGCCCCCAGCACCCAGUCCAGGUCCCUCCCCCAUUGCUCAGGAGUCCAAGCCUGCAGAUAAAAAACCAGCCAAGCCAAAGUGGUUUAAAAUGUGAUAUGACCGACACUCAAAAGCAUGGCCUGUAUUCUAUUUUAGACUAGUUGCUCCUUUUUUUAUUUUUCACCACAAUCUUCAUCCUGAUUCUGACUUUUAUUUAGCCCUUAUCUGGCAUCUAGAUUCAACGCAUGAACUUAACUAUCUUGUAUCUCAUAAAAAACUCGUUUCAGUACCAGGUGGAAGGAUGAAAGUAGAUUUAAGUUGUAAGGGGUUUAGUGGAUGAUAACUCCAUCUGUAUGGAAAUGAAAACCUGUUUGUUGAUCAUGUCUACUACUUACCAAGGAGUAAGGUGUGAAUAUUAUUGUUGCCUAUCAAUCCUCAUUAUUUUUAGUAAGAUUUGUGAUUUCUACCUUUACUGUACUUUUUCUAAAUUUUUUGGUGCUUGAACCAGAGACGGACAGCCAGAGUUGGUGGGCAACGCACACACAAACAAACUCUUUAAAUACCAGAAUUCAAUCUCGAUUGUCAUACAUGAGGGCAACACCAAACCCAAAUCUAUCUUAAGUCUUUGAAUUUCGACUCCGGAAUUUUCUUUGCUGAAGAAUCCGGCUGCUAAGGUUUGUUACAUGCUAUCAAAAUGAUCUGCCC